AUGUCCAAGGAGUAUUACUUCGUGAUAGUGGGCAGGGAUGAUCAACCCGUAUUCGAGAUCGAGUUCCCUGUAACCACACAGAAGAAGAAAAAGGAAAACGAUGUGAGGCAUUUGCAUCAGUUUAUAGCUCAUGCAGCGUUGGACAUUGUUGACGAACAGGCUCUGCAUUCCUCCAACAUGUACUUGAAGGUAUGCUUCGCAUUAUGACUUAUUAUUUUAUAGUUAUAAACAGUUUUUUGCCAUUUUACGUUUUCUUUUAAGAGAAAUGACAAAAAACUUUAUACCUACAUGAGUUAAUUUUUGUCUACUACAAUAUGGUUUGCACUAUGUUAAUGCAGAUAUUAGUCAAAGUAUGAUAAUCUUAUACGUUUGUUUUCAGGUAGUAGACAAGUUCAAUGAAUGGUUUGUGUCAGCCUUUUUGACUGCCAGCAGGAUGAGGUUUAUGAUAUUACAUACGAAUAAGAAUGAGGAGAACAUACGGCAGUUCUUUCAGGAGAUGUAUGAAGUGUAUAUAAAGUAUAGUAUGAAUCCGUUUUACAUUCCUGACAGCCUUAUCAAGAGCAGUGCCUUUGAACAGAAAGCGAUCUUCUAUGCCAGGAAAUAUUUAAAUGUUUAA